CAAGCAAACAACAUGGCACAAAGAAGAUUCCUUCUCUCUGUUUUGAUUGUUUCUUAUUUGAUUUGUCGUAGUAUCGCAAAAUAUUCUUGUGGCAAAUCGAAGUGUCAGCUUUCAGUUAGGAGCGGUUCGUCGCCUGAUUUCAUAUCGAAAGCUUCUGAAAAAGGUGUGAAACUUGUGUACUUAAAAUUCAAGAUCUUCAAUGACAGUUACAAGCCACUCGUGACGAAUAACAGAAUUUUGCCGUACAGGUGGGUUUGGGCCCGAAGUGAAAGCGAAUCGAUGUUAGGUCUGUCCUACGACUAUGACGUUUUGUCUUUGGGUCUAUUGAAAAAUCAAGCAAGGACGAUGGUGUUGUCUUUAAUGGAGACACAUCAUGGAUGCGUCCUAGCCUUGAAUUCUUCAUGCCAGGCCAUUGCCAUCACAGAAGCGUUGACAAAACUUGAUAGCGACUACAAAUUCAACUGACGGGAAACUGAUGAAUGAGCUAAACUCUGGAGUCGUUUGUUUCCGAGUCUUGAAGGAAUUCUCUUUCGGCCUUGGAAGUGGAUUUAAGUACAAGUGCUGCGAGAGGGUUGAAGAAGAUCAGAGGCACCAAGUUUACUGUGGCUUUGACGUGAAAGAGAGCAUAUGGCUCUCGGUUUUCAACUCUGUCUUGAACGUGGUUGUAACCAUUGUUUUCUUUUAUGGGCCUUACCUCUUCUGUGUGGUUCCAGAUUUCUUCUCGGACGGACAUCGCCAGGAUCACGUAAAGAAUCUUACUUCAAAACAAAGUAAAAUUGAAAAUGAAGAGGAGACAUUUCUGGCAAUAUUAGAUGAAAUUCCAGUGGAUGAUUCAAGCCCGAUAAGCUGUACAGAGAUUGUGCAAAAAUGCGUGAAGAAUUUGCCAACUUUAAACUAUGGAUUCAACGUAAAAUUAAUCCUCCUUUGGUACUGUAUAAUUCCAACAUUUUUCUUCUUUAAGCUCUUGUUAUAUUUUAUUAUCAAGGAUAACUUCGACGAGGCUUCCAAGAAGCUUCUGUUUCAAGUGGCUGAUGCUUAUCUUUAUAUCUUUAGCAUGGAUAAACCUGCUGUUUAUGUUUUGUUUAUUGUACCGUUAUUUGUAAUACCUACCUUGGUAAUUUCCUUUUGGAGAUUUGAAGAGAGCCUGGAUUUGUAUUUAGGUGAAUGUUUCAUUUGCACGGACUCGGGCUCAGAUUCUCAACUCAGUCUAAAAGAGCAUUUUGUAAAGCGUUUAAAAACUAUGCCAAAUAGUGUAAUCAAAAUAAUGGAAAGAGUUUUGGAAAAGCUCUUCCUUCAAAAGUUCGGGUCAAAGUUCCCGCCCUGCUCUGAAUGCAACCAUUUUCAACAGUCACUGUGUGGGCAUGCAAUUUGUGUCUUAUCCACAGUCGCAUUCAUGAUGAUUUACGGUCCAAUUGCCAUCACAAUCUCUCUUUUGAUUUAUUUAGCUGUUUUACUUGUGACAACUAUAAUAUAUUCGCCUCUCGUAACUGGAUUAAUUUACCUGACAAAAUCCAUGACCUCACAAAUUGAAUCCAUUCACAAACACCGUAAAAAAUGCAAGUGGCUAUCGAAUUUUCUAAUCCUCAUUAUUUCAAUUCCGUUUUUCGUAAGCGUAUCAAUCAUUACAAUCUUCUCUUGUCAAUACAUCGUUAGAACGUCUGGCCUCACUCUCAUGGGGAUUACCUUGAACGCGGAAUCGGCUGUUCCUUAUAUCACAUUCGCCUUCGUGGUCUGGCGAAACGUAUACCUUUGUUUCAACAAUUUACAAAAUACGUACAAGGAAAUCAAAAUUAUGAUUUGGGAAGAAUGGAAAGAGCAGAAAAAGCCUAAGAGAGAAGGCACAAUUCCAAAAAAACUAUUUUGGUCCAUCUGCAAGGACUCGGUUGCAAAUGAAAUUUGCGCCAUGUUGUGUAAAAUGGUUGCGAUACUCAUAUUUCUGUCAAUUGCCUUAGCAGCAAUCUUUCUGUUCAAAGUCGAGUAUAAUUCGUCGACUAUAGUCUCUAGUAUAGCUGUGUUUGUGAGCGGAAAGAUAUCAGAAGUGUUUUUUAGUAGAGUUACAACGGGCAACAAUAUAACUGGCUGGGAGAGAGUUCUGGAAAAACAAAAGAUUCGCGACGCUGUGCGAGAAUUCACACCUGACAUGUUCGACGGUGAACGCGACGUUCGUAUGGAGAGGGAUUUUUCUAUGGUUUCACCCCACGAGUCUGCAGUCUGAUUAGAAAAUGCAAUAGUUUUUCUUAUACUUAGCUGAAAUUUUAUUCUUAGUUUUCGCUUAGCAUAAAAAUGACUUCUUCUUAAGGCCCACUGAACUUUUCGGCCAGCUCAUCUUUUCGAACAGUUACUCAAUGGCGCCAAACCACUUAGCUUAACGUGCGCCUUUUAAUGAUUUUGUGUCCAUAUAGUUAACUUAACAGCAGUUUCCUUUCCAUACUGAGUGAAUUUGAAAACAAAAACUUCAUUCUAACGAUUACGAAGACCGGUCCAUCGAAAAAACAUUUUUCGAAAACGCUUUUGAAACCAACUUAGACGUUCGUUGUUGUUGUUGUUGUUUUUGAGUGAUUCUGGGAGUCUUGCUAUGCAUUUGAUUCGUUUCUGAGAGAACAGAACGUAUUUUUUUUGUUGAGGAUGACGAGUGAAAUUGCCAUUUUCCUGGUUCUCUUGCGUCUGGUGUAAUCGGGGCCAAUGAGUGUCUAAUUUGCCUUGCUAUCUGUUUGAAGAGCAACUUUUGUUACUUUUUACAGUAGUUCAUAACCUUUGACAGGCGGCAACUAAAAUACUGCACGAAGCUAUUUGGAAUAAAUGUCAUAUCAUCAGUCCCUAUAUUCUAUGAUUGUUAUUAAUUACGUCUUUACUCUUGAGGAAAUGUCGUUAUCAUCGGUCUGAGUAACAUACCAAACGAGUCUAACAAUUUCAUUGUCAACUAUGCAGGAGCCCGUUAUCCAGAGCUUCCAUCUUCCAUACUGACCCUCUGAGUCGAUCCUGUCCCGUAUCUUUCUAUUUUUAGAAGCACCUCGCACGGCGGUUUUUAAGGGUGUUUUUAUAAUAGCCAAUCAUAAGAGAGCUGUCGUCUCUAUUGUGUUACGUCUCUAUUGUGUCACUUA